ACUGAGUGAGAAGCAUGUGAUCCACCGCGAGUUUUCUCUCUCACUCUCUCUUUGACUCUGAACACAAAGUUAAAAAAAAACAAAGAAAAAGACCAUAAAUUGAUCCACCCAACAAAACUACCCAUUUGUCUUUUUUCUUCUUUAUUUGCUUUUUUCUUUUUUGUGUGUGUGUUUCAAUGGCUUCAAGUGCUUCAAGGUUUAUCAAGUGUGUAACAGUUGGAGAUGGAGCUGUUGGCAAGACUUGCAUGCUUAUUUGCUAUACAAGUAACAAGUUCCCCACUGAUUACAUACCAACUGUUUUUGAUAACUUCAGUGCAAACGUUGUAGUUGAAGGCACAACUGUGAACUUAGGUCUUUGGGACACGGCUGGACAAGAGGAUUACAAUAGAUUAAGGCCUUUGAGUUACAGAGGGGCAGAUAUCUUUGUCUUAGCUUUCUCAUUAGUUAGUCGAGCAAGCUACGAAAAUGUUCUAAAAAAGUGGAUCCCUGAACUUCAACAUUUUGCCCCUGGCGUCCCUGUGGUUCUGGUUGGCACCAAAUUGGAUCUUCGUGAGGAUAAGCAUUAUCUGGCUGAUCAUCCUGGCUUGCUCCCUGUUAGCACUGCACAGGGCGAGGAACUUCGCAAACAGAUUGGUGCUGCUUAUUACAUUGAGUGCAGCUCAAAAACUCAGCAGAAUGUAAAAGCAGUUUUUGAUGCUGCAAUCAAGGUUGUCAUCAAGCCUCCCCAGAAACAGAAGGAGAAGAAGAAAAAGUCAAGUCGAGGAUGCCUAAUAAACAUCUUCUGCGGAAGGAACCUUGUGCAAUCUUAAAUGAAAUAGAUUAUCUUCGAAUCAAAUGCUUCUGGAACGAUGAUGCCAACAUGUCACCUAGAGAUUCUUGGAGCCAUCAUGAUCAAUUGAGUUUGCUUUUCAUGCAGCGGUUUUAAUAGAUUAUACAGCAUAGUUCUCCCUGAAAGUCACUUUGUGGUUUUGUCUGAAUUUGAUCUUACAGUCUGAUUAGUGUUAAAAGAAUACAUUCCACUGCUAAAUCACUAUCUUGAUUUCUUGUAAAGAGUUAAAGCUCUGUGGCUUUGUCACAAGUAGAUACAUCUUUUAGGUAUUACUGUGCAUGGAAAAAAAAAUAUCUGGUUUGAGUUUUGUGUUACAGUAAAAUAUCUACAGCUUUCUUAA